GGCUAACUUUCCAUCCAUCCCCCGCCGAGCCGGAGCACGAGACGACUCACGGGGCGUCAAGCAUGGAAGCCGCGGCGGCGUCGGCUGCGAAGCCCAUCCUCCGCGUGGCCGCCGUAUGCGGCUCCCUCCGCAAGGCCUCCUUCAACCGCGGCCUCCUCCGCGCCGCCGCCGAGGUGUGCGAGGACUCCGUCCCGGGGAUGAAGAUCGACCACAUCGACAUCUCGGGCCUGCCGCUGCUCAACACCGACCUCGAGGUAGAUGGUGGGUUCCCGCCCGCCGUCGAGGCCUUCCGCGCCAAGAUCUACCAGGCCGACUGCGUCCUCUUCGCCGCGCCCGAGUACAACUACUCCAUCGCAAGUCCACUGAAGAAUGCACUUGACUGGGCUUCUAGAGGAAAGAACUGCUGGGCAGACAAACCUGCUGCAAUUGUUAGCGCAGGAGGUGGCUUUGGAGGAGGUAGAUCUCAGUACCAUCUCCGGCAGGUUGGGGUAUUCUUAGAUCUUCAUUUCAUCAACAAGCCAGAACUGUUCGUCCAAGCAUUUCAGCAGCCACCAAAGUUUGACAGUGAUGGAAAUCUGAUUGAUGCCGAGAUCAGAGAGCGGCUCAAGCAAGUGCUCUUAUCCCUUCAGGCCUUCACACUCAGGCUCCAGAAUAAGGAUUGAAUCAACUCAGGGCCGUUGUAAUCUGUGCUUCCCUGAAGUGUUUAGAACUCUGGGUAUCACAUACUAUGCAUGGGACCUGUAAUGCAUUGUGGCAGUCUGAAACUUGUAAUAAGUCCCUGGGCAAAUGCUCUCCUGUUUGAAGAUUGUUUAACGAUUCAAUAACAUCUAUACAAUUUAAAGGUUA